GUGGAAAGACGUCGAAAGUACCGAAAGGCCGCCACUUGCAAAAUUUUUUCCAAGCGCUUAACGUGAAUUACUUAACGUGGGAUAUUUUGUGAGUGAGAGUGCAGAAGUAAAUUAAAUGAAAUAACAAAUUGUUCUUAUCCCAGCUACGUUUUGUGACGAAGAGAAAAAAUAAAAUUUUAGUGCUUUUGUGUGAAUUGUAAGAAUAAUUGAAUGCGAAAUUUGCAAAGGGGAAGAAAAAUUCAACUGGAAAGAAACAAAAAAGGAUAUUUAGUUAAAGCGCUUUUCGCAAAAAAGUUCGUAGAAGUUCUUUGUAAAAAGACAAAUAAGCAACAAUUGGAAGUUUUGCAAAAUUGGUGGUGAAUGCUGAUAAAGAUUUGGGUGAGAAACAAGAAUGUACAAAACCAAGAAAGAAGUGGAUGCCCAUGUGCGAACUGCGCUUUCGAAAUUGCGGUCAGAGACUGAGCGUCAGUUACGCAGUUUUACCAUCGCCAAACUAUACUACAAAAUCAACGAGUAUUCUUCUGCCGAACAAUAUCUUCGCUCCUACUUGAGUGUAAAAGAGGAUAAUGAUCAGGCCCACAAAUUACUCGGGCAAUGCUAUCAACGAUUUAAGAAACCAGAUAAGGCACUACAGUCUUUUCAGCGAUCCUUGCAGCUGAAUCCAAAGCAGCCCGAUGUUUUGGCCGAUGUCUGUCAACUGUUAUUGGAAGACGGGAACUUAAACGUAAAUAAAGCCAAAUAUUGGUGUGAGUUAGCUGAGUCCGAAAAAGUGCAACACGAUGCAGUAUUCUCGCUGCGCUUGAAGCUGAUGAACAAAGAAAAUCUGGAAACCAAUCAAGUUGAAGAUUUAAUACAGAAAGAAAUCAGUGCACGUCCAAAUGAUGUGCAAUUGCGCGUACGACUUAUGCGCAAUUACAUUGAGCAAAAUAAAGUGCUUGAUGCCUUCAAAUAUGUUUACAAUCUUGAGAUGAGCCUGCAAGAUAAUUUCACUAGCAAUAGCGAAUGGUACAACAUCGUCUGGUUAGUGUUAAACAAAUAUGAACAGAUGCCAAAUUCGAAGAAAGAUUGGGAGUUUUGGCUCUUGUUGAUCAUUUGUUUGGAACGGCAAGUGAAUAUCAGCUUUUCCUUAACGUCAGGCUCUGCAACCGGUGGCUUAACUGAAACUGCGAACUUGCUCUUCAAUCUGGAUCAAUAUCUUUUCAAAGCGACACAAUUGGCGGAUAAAUUGUGUGCCCAACGUGAACUGGUCAAUGUGUUUUUAGAUCACUACCGCGGCCAGAUGCUAAUACAUGCAACUGCUUUAAUAUUCAAACGCGAACUAUUACAAAACAAGAACAAGUGGAAAGAAACCACGAAAAUGGUUCUGCCAUUACUACUAUUGGCGUUUCAAACAGAUGUGCCUGACAACAGAGAUCCUUGGAUGAAGCAUUCGGAUGAGCAAGGCAAGCAAAUGUUACAAUUGUGGAAUCGUGAGGGAUCGUUUCGAUGUGCUCAGGCCGGCCGUACUUUAUUGUCCUGCAUAGCCGAAGAGUCUGCUACUAAUAAAGAGAAUGCCACUAAUCAAAUAAAUAAUUUGCUUGGAAAUAAUCCUCCAUUAUGGAGUAACAGCGACGAGCUACUGUCGCAAAUUCGUCAAACCUGUUCGGAUAAACAAUGGCGGCGCAACGUAUUUGCUUUGCUUUACUGUAAUAGUGACCAGAAAGUCAAAGAACAGACUUCUUUGUUAAUCAAAAGUCCAAAGCUAAAUGAACCAGUGUUUGAAUUGCCCACCUAUGCUGAUGUAGAACGGCUCGAGGAGGCCGCACAGUAUUUAAAACCACAGUCUUUACAACAUAUGGUAUAUCUUUGUUUGGGCAAUGAUAAUCUAGCCUAUGUACGCGCGAAAUAUUUUAGUGGCUUAAACUUUUCCACCCAAAACUUGGCGUUUUGUGGUGCUGAAUCACUAAAUCAAUUAGAUUUGGAUACGUUUUUAUAUGCGGCAACCAUUCAAGCCAAACGGACCUUUCAAGUGGAGCGUGAGGCCUUCGACAAUUAUAACUCUGGCAACCACAGCUCCUCUGGCCGACCUCGUAUAUUGCCAUUUGUUAACCUGCAAGGACAGUUAAGUACAGCGGAGCAAGCUAAUUGGUGGCUGGCUGCAUAUCAGGUAUAUAAGAACCUAAGUAGCGAAAAUUUGGCCGAACUGCGUGCUAACCUACAGUUUGGAAUAGAGGCUGUGCGUGGCGUCAAUGGCCCGAAAAUAGAUAUGAUCAUCGUUUUCAAAUUGGGGCAGUUAUUUGUGGCACGCGCGCAAGAUAUAGUAAAGCCAAUAGAGAAAUCCUUUUUGGAGGCGCGCGCCGAAAACAUUUACAAGUAUGGACUAAAUAUGGUAAAAAUGAACAAUAAAGGUGUACUGGAGCCAUUCCGUAAAUACUUCAAAUAUGCUAAAGCGAACACAUCUGUUGUGGAGCGUGAAGUUUUUAAUGCGGCUGAGGAUGCUGUUUCAUACUUGGCAUCGCGUUACUUCAAAAAAGCCGAGUAUGAGGACUUAAUUGAAGAGUUAGCCGGCAUUCAACUGCCAUUCGCCACAUACUUGCAAGCAGAGGCUUAUCGUAAACUAGACGAAGCCAAUAAAACGCCGAAGAAAGCUAAACGCAUGUAUUUGGAUCGAGCUAGCGAAUGUCUUAAUCAAACAUUGAACCUCCUGAAAAACACAGGAACCAACCCUGAUCAUCCCUUAAAUUCCAUAAUACACACCGAAUUGAAACGUUUACAACAAGCGACAAUGAAGUUCAUCAAUGAGGGUAGCCCUGGAACCGUUCACAACAAUUCCAGUACAUACGAAGAUGCCGAAACUGACUUCUACUACGAGACAUCACUGUCAGCUACACCAGCAAUUAAUCGGUCACGGCGUGAAGCAAACGCAUCUGCAUUAAUUGCUUCUCCACGUAACAAUGAAAUGGAGAAUUUGGUAAAACAAAUGGCCAAAACUCUAAGUUUCGUCAAAGAGGAAUUGGUUGAUACCAUCAAACCCGAAAUGCUCUCAAUGCGAAAGGAAAUCACUUCGCUUAAAGAAAAAAUUACUAGCCUUGAAGACGCUAUGAAGCGAACACGUAUUUCAUCGAAUCCGCCGUCGCGGGACGACGCUUCAAAUGUGCUGGACGAUCUCUACAUGAUUGAAGAUGCAUUGCAAAGUCAAUUGUAUCAACCGCCUGCACAUCCGCAUAUGAAUGUCACCGGUAGCAUGUUUGGUGGUGUCGGUAAUGGCCCCAACGCCCCACCACCUGGUGGCGUGCACAACUCGUUUGUACCAACACAACAAUCGCAGCAACAAGCUGCUCAACAAAGAAACGCGAUGCAUUUACAGCCGAACGCCAUGGCAGCAUACAACAGUCCCAUGUUCAACCCGAAUUACCCCAUGAAUUAUUAUCCACAGCCAUAUAUGAUGCCGCAACCUCCUGCCCCACCUGGUCCAGCCGGUGGUAUGUUGGGUCAACGCAAUGCACUUCCGAUGCCAUAUAUGGAUCCCAGUUUGAACUUUAGUAUGACCCCGUCGACACCUUUGCUGCCUGCUCCACCACAGGAGGGACGUCCUAGCAACCUGUACGGCUUAUUGACUCAACCGCAACAACCGCCACCUGCGCCACCUCAGUUUCCACAGUUAUCUGUACCAAGCAACAUUGCUUCAUUGGUGCCACCCGUUACAGCAAAUGCAGCAUUAAACCCACCAACGGUUGGUGGUUUGCCGCCAUCAAUAUCUUCACAGCUAACCCCAGCUAGUGCUCCGAUUCAAUUCAAUAAAGCACUCAAUAACCAACCUGUUGAAAAGGGUCCACCUGCUAAUGUGGUAAUCACCAGUUCAGAUCCCUUGCCAAAUCCAAAUAGGGCAGCUUUACUGACACAACAACCCACUUUGAGUGUCACAAUACCACCACAUCAUAUCAAGUCCAGCCUCGUUGCAACGACUGAAGGAAGCGCCCAAAAUCCACCAAUACAACCAAUUGUUUCACAAUCCGGUAAUACCAUCACAAACGGUAUGGGUGGCAGUAGUGGUGGCUUUACUGGUUUUGGUUUUAGUAGUGCCAGUACAGUCACGCAAAGUCCAUUUAGUGUUACUUUUAGUAACAAUUUUGCAACAUCUGCAUCAUCAGCAAUAUCAAUCUUUAGCGGAAGCAGCGGAAAGAGUGUAAAUUCCACCCUACCAUCCACUACGCUGAGUACUACCACAUUUAGCUUCAAGCCACAAAUCGAUCAAGCUCAAGCCCAAGCGGCUGCUGCAGCUGGUGAAAACAGUUCCGUCGACAGUUUUACAAUGUUGAAUAAGACAUCCAGCAGUUUCUCGGGUGAAGCUAAUAAGAGCAGCGCGGAUUCUGAGGUAGAAUACGACGCAAGACCUGACUUUAAGCCCAUAAUCCCAUUACCAGACGAAAUUGAAGUGCGAACAGGCGAAGAAGAUGAAGAUGUAAUGUUCUGUUGUCGCGCCAAACUUUAUAGGUUCGUUGAUAAGGAUUGGAAGGAACGUGGUAUUGGUGAUAUGAAGAUUCUUAAGAGCAAGGAGGGUUCUUCAAGAAUUCUUAUGCGUCGCGAUCAGACGCACAAAAUCUGUGCUAAUCAUAAAAUCACCAAAGAAUUGAUACUAACUACACAUACGAGUGAAAAGAAUGGGUAUAUAUGGGUUGCUAACGAUUUUGCUGACGAAGAAUUAAAGAUGGAGCGUUUCUUUGCUCGUUUUAAGUUACAAGAAUCGGCGCAGCAAUUCUACAAUGCAUUCAAGAAAGCGCAAAAGGAGGCGGAAGAAUUGGAUCGCAAAAAGGAAGCGACUAUUUUGGAAGAACAAAAAGAGAAAGAAAAACCGGCUACACAGCAGUCACAACCAACGCCGUUUGGAUUAACAAAAGGUGUGGUAUCAAAUUUCACUACUAGUACUCCGGCUGCAAAAACUAUCGCUGAUAAGUUGCCAGCAGCUACGCAGUCGUCAACGGUUUCAACGACUGCUACCGCAAAUGCUUUGAUAAGUGGCGGUGUUUCGAAGUCAUUGUUUGGAGGAUUUGCUUUAAAGUCUGAAAAUGUGACCAACGUAGCUGAUAGCAGUAAAGGAGAGUUGCCAAAACCUACGUCAUCGCCAUUCGCUAAUUUCAGUUUUGACAAAAUUGGCACUGGCACCUCCGCGGCCAGUUUAGCAGCUGCUUCCUCUACAACUACGAUCACUACCGCUUCGCCCUUCGCUAACAUUUUUAGUAAUUUGGGUAAGCCAGGCACCUCCACUUCAUCACCAUUCAGUAUAGUGAAUUUGCCGACCUUCCAGUCGCCUAUUACCACCAGUGCCCCUACAACUACACAAACAUCAACUACGGCUAUAACCACAACAUCCUUAAACAAAUCUAGUGCUUCCGAUGCCGAGGAUGAAUAUGUUCCUACAGCUGCUUUCAAUCCAGUGAUUCCUUUACCUGAUUUGGUGGAAGUAUCUACAGGCGAGGAGAACGAGAUUGUGCUAUUCGAACAUCGCGCCAAGCUUUUGCGUUUCGACAAGGAGACGUCCGAGUGGAAAGAGCGCGGUAUCGGCAACAUUAAAUUACUGCAAGAUAAGGACGACGUAAACAAGGUGCGCUUGGUAAUGCGACGCGAGCAGAUCCAUAAGCUAUGUUGCAAUCAGCGCCUAUAUAAGAAUACCGUAUUCAAAUAUGCAAAGAAUUCACAAACUGCACUGACAUGGGCUGGCCGAGACUUUUCAGAGAAUGAACUGGUUACUGAAAUGCUAACAGUGCGUUUCAAGUUGUCGGAAACAUGCAAACAGUUCCAUGAAGCUGUGAUCAAAGCGCAAGCAAAUAUGAGUGAUAAGGCUGAUGAGGAUAAUGUAAAGAGCGUCGCAGCUGAGAAGCAGCAAAAACAAAAACAGAUUGAAAAAUCUGAGGAUAAAGAAAAUACCGCUAAAGGUUUUGGAGAUGCUUUCAAACCGAAGAUUGGUUCAUGGAACUGUACCGCUUGUUAUAUAAUGAAUACAUCUGAUAAACAAUAUUGCAUUGCCUGUGAAUCGCCAAAGGAUGGCACAGUGCCCAAAAAGGAAGCUACAAAUGUGUUACUAACAAAUCCACCCAAAGCAUCAUUUGUAUUUGGAUUUUCACCAGCAGCAACCGGUGGUGCCACUGAGCCUGCACAAGCACCAGAAAGUAGUUUAAUUUUUGGGAAACCUGCAGCAACCUCAAGCACCCUUACGAUGGCAACAACAACGUUGAAUUCCGCUACAAGCUCCACGACGCCCGCCACCUCUACACCAUCAAGUACCAAAUCUGGUUUUGGUGAUCAAUUCAAGCCGAAGGUGGGUUCUUGGAAUUGCCAGGGUUGCUACCUAUCCAAUACUGCUGAUGCCGUCUACUGCAAGGCCUGUGACGCGCCUAAAGACGACACGGUUCCCAAAAAAGAGUCGAAAAAUGAUGUGUUGGCGCUCUCAAAUCCAACGCAAAAGUUCAGUUUUGGCUUUGGGGCAGUCACUGCUAGUCCAACUACAAGCGCCGCCGGUGCCAAUGCUCUAGUUAAACCAGCUUCUACAGGCGGUUUUGCAUUUGGUGCGGCGCCACCCGAACCGGGCUUGUCGUUAUUCGGAAAAGUGACAAACACAACCAGCGCUGACUUAUCCAAGACUUUUGCAUUUACACCAUCCACUGCUACAAUAACAACAACUGGCUCGAAUAUUCCAUUGUUGUCUAAACCCACUUUCUCGUUCUCGAUGCAAUCAAAAGCUAUGGAUACUCCCGCAAUGCUUGUGCCAUCCGGUGCGGGUGGAGAGUCCACGACCACAUUUUCAUUGGAUAAGAAAGAUUUUAAUUUCACUUUAAAACCGAAAAGUCCCGGAAAAUCGGGUAAGAGCCCAAUGAGGUUUGGCGGUGGCGGCGGUGAUGCGGAUGUCGCAGCAGACGACGGUGAUGAUGGCGACUACCAAGAGGAAGAAAAUAACACCUACUUUACACCGGUCAUACCAUUGCCGGAGAAGAUCGACGUGAAAACUGGCGAAGAAGACGAAGAACUGCUCUAUGUACAUCGUGCAAAAUUGUAUAGGUUCGUUGAAGGAGAAUGGAAAGAGCGUGGUUUGGGUGAUGUGAAGAUCUUGCGUCACAAACAAACUAAAAAACUACGUGUAGUUAUGCGCCGAGAUCAGGUGUUAAAGAUCUGUCUUAAUCACGCAUUGAACGAAGAAGUCGAAUAUAAACGUAAGGAUGACAAAUCUUGGUUGUUUGUCGUGAAUGAUUUUAGUGAGGGUAGCGUUGAGUUACAGCAAUUAUCGCUGCGUUUUAAGACAAAGGAAGUUGCACAAGGUUUCAUGGAUGCUGUAAAGAAUGCUAUUGAUGGUACUGCUGUCGCCAUUGACAAUGAGGGUAGCAUUUUUACCGAUACCACAACAAAUAUUACUGAAAAUGUGAAGAGUGAGAAAAAGGUGUUGGAAAAUUUACCAAUUGCUGGUUUGUCAGAUGCGGAUAGGGUGACAGCUGAUAAAUUACAAUUGCCCUAUGAAUUCUUCACAGCACAGCCGACCUGUGCUGGCUGUCGAGGUUGUGAUCCAGACAAAUUCAUCUUCCCCGUAGUGAAAGAGAAGUUUGUGAGUGAAAAAGAUAGCGAAAUGACAUUAAAGCCAAUGGAAUUACCCACUCUGUCAUUGCCAAAUCGCUUGAUCUUAAAACAAAGUGCUUUGUCGCCUUUGGCACUUACGCCUGCAGCUACAGCCCUCACCACCAGCGCGAGUAAUGUUACAGCUACUCCAAAAGCAGGUGAAUCGAGUAUUUUCUCUGGCUUUGGUGGCGUGAAUUCCACGGCAUUUGGAAUCAGUGGAGAGAAGACUGCGAGCGCUUUUUCCUUCACCGCUGCCAUGAAUAGUGCAAAUAAAGAUGAUGAAAAUAAAUUGGGCACGCCAAGUGGAGGAUUUUUAUUUGGUAAUAGUGCUAACACUGGUGGAGGUAGUUCGCUAUUUGGUGGUGCAACAGGACAAUCAAAAUCAAUAUUUGGAAACGCUGCUAACUCAUUAUCCAAACCCGCCGAUUCUACUACCGCAUCCGAAACCGAUAAGCCUAAAUCUAUUUUUAGUGGUACUGGUGGAACUACUGGAAAUUCAUCGGUAUUUGCUAGCAAACCAGUAUUUGGUUCGGGCUCUACUUCAAUUUUUGAUGGGAAAUCUACUCCAAGUAAUGAAGUAGCAAAGCCUAUUUUCGGUAGCUCAACCAAUGCACAGGGAGGCACUUCCAUAUUUGGUGGAUCUACAUUCUCAGGUUUCGGAAAUACACUUAAUGCGCAGAGUUCUAUUUUUGGUGUCAGCAACAAUACGAACACUUCAAAUGCCAAGAUAAAUAACACGGAAGGAUCCUUAUUCGGCGGCAUUGCCAAAGAGUCAACUGCAGCCGCACCCAGUUUUAUUGAUAUUUCUAACCAAUCUGACGUGAUUGAUUUUGCCACUUUAGCUAGCUUAGCUAAGGCAGACGGGACGGACGAGGCAGAUGAAACACCAACAAACAAACUCGCUGAAAAUCCAGGUCCCGGUGGUUUCAUUGGUCUUACCGACCAGGAUGCCUUUUCGAGCUUUGCAAAGCCUGGUGAUGCGAAGAACUCGACAAAAAAUGCAGACAAUGAAAAUUAUGAUCCUCAUUACGAUCCUAUAAUUGCAUUGCCGGAUGAAAUUGAAGUGAAGACGGGUGAAGAAGAAGAAUUUAAGAUAUUCUGCGAACGAGCUACUCUUUACCGCUUUGACGCCAAUGCGAAGGAGUGGAAGGAGCGCGGCGUUGGAAUGCUAAAGAUUUUAGAACACAACACCAAACACACAUAUCGCAUGAUACUACGGCGCGAGCAAGUAUUCAAGUUAGUGUUGAAUACCGCCAUUGGACCAGAUUUUAUUUUAAAUAAUAUGAAAAAUAAUCCGAAGAGCUUCAUUUUUGCAUCGCUAAACUAUGCGGAAUCGGCUGAGGGCAUAUUGGAAAAAUUGGUGGUGCGAUUCAAAACUGUCGAUUUGGGUAAAGAAUUUAAGCAGAAAUUUAAUGAAUGUAUCGAAGCAGCAAAGCGGCACAUUGAAGGAACAGAAGAUUAAAAGAUCACAAUCCGAUAAAUUAAAAAUAAAAUAAAAUAGCAUUAAACAAAACAUCGGGAAAAUCUAUGUGAAAAAAAACUAGUUAUUUAAUUUGUAUUUUGUAGCAUUCCUCAUGAAUUUCAUAAUUCAAUCAUCAUUCGUAUGUUUUUGUACUUUCAUAUUUUUUUAUUGUAAUUUUAUUCGCCUUUCUUUUGAAAAAGUCUUCUUUUUCUGCUAUUUUUAGUUUUGACAAAAAAGAGCCGCAUGAAAAUUUUUGUUAAUUCAGUUUUGAGGCCCGUGCGGCAAUUACCAAAAUUUGUCAGAUAAAUUAUUACAGUUGUGGUAAAAAUUAACAUUGUUAUUCCUACAUUAUACUUACAUGAAUACAUACAUUAAUAAGAACUUAAAUUACAUUUUGAA